AUGCUGCGCGCCUACGGCCUGACCUCCACCAUCCUGGUGCCGAGCGACGCGGCCUUUGACGCCGCACUGGCGGCCUACGGCCCCGCGCUGCGCGACGCGGCGCUGCUCACCGAGAUCCUCAAGUUCCACAUCCUGCCCCCCGAGCCCCGCACGCGCGGCCUGUGGACCAGCCCCUUCCUGUCCGUGGGCGCCACGGUCUACACCCUGUUCGACGGCGUGGCGAACCUGAAGACCGCCAAGAAGGCGUUGCCGGCGGGCACCACCGCGCAGGGCGGCCUGACGGGCAUCGUCAUCAGCGGCCCGGUGAACAGCGCCACCGUGGUGGAGAGUGACAUCCGCGCCUGCAAGACCUUCAUCACCAUCAUCGACGAGGUGCUGCUGCCCUUCGACCCCACCGGCAUCGACGCCUCCAACGACUCCGGCGCCCUGGGCGCGGCCCUGGGCGCGGGCACCUGCUCCGUGGUGCCCAACGCGCAGAUCAACGCGACCACCCUGGUGCAGGGCGGGUCCAACCCGCAGGCCUCCCCCGCCGCCUGCUGCGCGUCCUGCGCCGCCAAUGCCGAGUGCAACACCUGGUCGUACUGCGGCCUGGCUGGGGGGUGCCGCUUCCCGGAGGGCCUCGUCAUCCCGUACGGCUCCUGCGAGCUCAAACGCUCUGCCGAGCUGGCGGCGGGGCAGGCGCCAAUCUACGGCAACAGCGGGAUCGAUGUCGUGCCCGUGCUGGCGGGCUUCAACGUCCCCGUCCCAGACUCCGAGGCGGGAGCGGCGACGGCGGCCACCGCCGCGCCAGCUGGCGAGACACUGGUCGGCACCGCUGGCCGCUGA